AAAAGGAGACUACUUUCUGAACUGGGCCCUUACAUUCUAAUCCAAAUUUGAAGGCCCAAUAUUAGCCUGCCGACAACUGCGCGUACAAGCACGCGCUGAAACGCUUCCGAUAGUCUUUUUGGGAUAUAACAAACCUCUGUUCGCCGUCUUCCAUCAAUCGAUCGAUUUUUAAUUUUUUGUGUUUCCGAUGAAUCUUCCGAUGCGUUGCAGUUUUUAAACUCGAUCGGAAUUCAAGUUCCUUUAUCCCUUCCCCUACAAAUUCAAUUAUUAUUUUUCAGAUAUUUGAUCAUCGGCGUCGGUCAGGCGAAUUCCAGCUCCGAUCACAUUCCGGAGAGUGAUGAAAAGAAGAGGAAAUUGAUAGUUACAUUUGGUUCAAACCUAAUUAAGCUAUUUCUAGCUCAGCCGCCUCCAACUCUCUAUCUCAAUUUCCAUUGGUCGGUCUGCUUUCCAGAACAAAUCCUUGUUCAGGAAAAACAAAUGGGCAGUUCCCUUUUUAAUUUAACAUGAAGAUUGUGGGCUUUAAAUAUAGUGAAUGGAUGGAAUGAAUGAAAGGAGAAAAUCAAGAAAAUAAAACUUAAUCAGAUGACUACUGGACUUCAUCUAAAAGGUGUGAGCUGGCCAGAAUAGAUUGAAGCACGUACUGAGACAUAAAAGGCGUUUUACAAUGAGGUGUAAGGUUCCUUCGCUGGUAGAUUUAUGUGUUCGGACAGCAGUAGAUAAUUUGAGGUACCUUGGGGAUGUGGGUGAAACAGACACUUAUCUACUAGAGCGCAUUUUGCCUCACUGUUCUCUUGAACAAUUGACACAUGUGGAGAAUUCGACAGAAGGAAGAGAUCUCAGUCAAGUGACUGAUAGACUUUGGAAGAGGUUUUACCAGAUUGAGUUUGGUGACAAGAGCAUCAAUCAGGUGGUUGAGCGAAUGAAGCAAGUGAAAGUAACAUUUAAAUGGAAACAGUUAUAUGAGGCGAAGACACAGGAAAUGGAGGAAACUCAACAAAGAUCAUUUGAAAGAAUCAAGGAAUUGUACCAAAACGAAAAUGCCAAACGGCAAAGCCGACAAGUUCAAGUCUGCACAAAGGUUCCCCCUUCUAGCAAUAAAAGAAGCUUUUAUGGUAGUGGACUUGGUAGCAAUUUUGGGAACACAAAGAGUCCGUUGAUGAAGAAGGCAAAAAUAGAGUUUGUCAACAGUCGAGAAGUAAAGAAUUUAGCUGCUAUGAAGAAUAAGUCUGUGCAAAGAAAUCAUAGCCAAGUUUCUUCUAUUAAGAAACCAGGUAGUUUUGUUUCUUCUCAAGAAAGAGGCAGAGGAUAUGAGCCUGACACCACAGCUAGGCGUGGUUCCUCCACAUAUCCUGACACCGCAGCUAAGCGUGGUUCCUCCACAUAUCCUGACAGCGCAGCUAGGCGUGGUUCCUCCACAUAUCAUGACACCGCAGCUAGGCAUGGUUCCUCCACAUAUCCUGACGCUGCAGCUAGGCGUGGUUCCUCCACCUAUCCUGACACCGCAGCGAGGCGUGUUCCCUCCACAUAUCCUGAUACCACAACUAGGCUUGGUUCCUCCCCCAUGGCUUCGUCAGCAAGAUCGAAAUUUACUAGCCGGUAGGAGAGAAGUUAGGCUGGCAUUUUAUGUAUCAAAGCUGGCUGUUGAAAGGAAAUGCUGAGCGGUGUGUCUUCCGCUACAUGAAAGCGCAGUUGUGUAAAUUCUAUAAAACGCCUGAAAGUGCAACUCUGCAAUUUUCGUAAAACGUUUGGCGUGCUCCGUAUAUCAUACUUAACAUUAUGUUCAAUCCAUGAUUCUGCAAAUAGUGCUCUUGGAUUUGUUGUUAAGGUGGAUAUUCGGUUUUGUAAACAACGCUUUGGAUGUUAUAAUAUAUUGGUCUAUUAGAUAAUGAUACAAAUAUAAUCCAUUUUUGGACAUUAUUA